GAAUUCCGAAAAUAAAAUGAGCUAAAAAACCGCGUCUAAAACUAAAGUAACCACUAAACCGGCUUCUUCGUUCCUCGGCGAGUAGUAAAACCCCAGUCCACGCGCUUACAAUUUCUUCUUCCUCUUCAUUCAAAAUUCCAGCCUCUCAUCUAAUCAGGUUCAAAUCCUUAAUUAGCAGUCUCUCUCGAAGAAAAUGAAUGAUUUUGGAUAUACAGUGGAAGUGACUGGCCUGCCUACCAAAGCUACCGAGAAAGAUGUCCAUGAUUUUUUCGCCUUCUCUGGUACCAUUGAACACGUUGAAAUUGUUAGGUCUGGUGAAUAUGCAAGCACUGCUUAUGUGACAUUCAAAAAUGCUUAUUCUCAGGAGACUGCUGUCUUGCUUAGUGGUGCAACAAUUCUUGAUCAACGUAUAUACAUAUCUCGCUGGGGGCAAUAUGAGAAGGAGUUUGAUUUUUGGAGCCCUUCAAGAAGCCAAGAAGAUGAAACAAGCUCAAGACAACCUCCACUAAGAAGCCAAUUUGUAUCUCAUGCUGGAGAAGCUGUUUCAUUCGCUCAGGAUGUUGUGAAAGCCAUGUUGGGCAAGGGAUAUGUAUUAGGCAAAGAUGCUUUAAGCAAGGCCAAAACCCUUGAUGAAUCUCAUCAAGUUUCGGCAACUGCUGCAGCUAAAGUUGCUGAACUGAGUGAGAGGAUUGGCCUCACAGAUAAAAUCUGUGUGGGGGUUGAUGCUGUUAGAUCCGUGGAUGAGAGGUACCAUGUGUCUGAGAACACCGAAUCAGCCAUUUCGGCUGCAGGAAGAACUGCUGCAGCUGCUGCAAAUGCUGUGGUCAGCAGCAGCUACUUUUCCAAAGGAGCUCUUUGGGUGUCAGGUGCGUUAGAUUGGGCAGCUAAAGCAGCAGCUGACAUAGGUAAUCGUGGUGUUCAUCAGUAAUGUUUUUGUAUAAAUACUUUUCUUGGUAUUGUAGAUAAGAACCUUGUCGCAUACGUACUCAUAGUUAGCAGUUUGAUGCUUAUAGAGAGCUAAUAGUUACCGGUAUAUACCACCUAUUCAAAACAGGGAAUGAUUAAAAUUAGAGAGAGCUAUACAUAUAUAAUAUUCAGUGAUAUAUGGUUUGGUGGUAUCAUAUCAAAUGUGAGUGGACUUGCAAUUCCAUAGUUCCUUGCUAUGUAGUGCACGACAGGAUGGAUUAUGGAGGAAAUGCAUUUCCAUUAGAGUUAGUGGUUUAUCUGGAUUAUGUAUCAUUGACCUUUUUGUUAAAAUGCAUAAGCUUUAGCUGAUAAA